UUAUUAACAGGUCAACCCCUGAGAAUCGUGCUGAUUGGAAAGACUGGAGUGGGGAAGAGUGCUGUGGGGAACACCAUUCUGGGGAGAAAAGAGUUUAUCUCACAGCCCUCUGCCAACUCUGUCACAACUACAUGCCAACACCAACAGAUAGACAGUCCCAGGGUGAUUCAGGUGAUAGAUACACCAGGGAUUUUAGACACAGGAAGGAACGCAGAAGAUAUUAAAGAAGAGAUCCUGAGGUGCAUUAAGGUCUCCAGUCCAGGGCCCCACGCAUUCCUGCUGGUGAUUCAGGUGGGCCGCUUCACUAAGGAGGAGCAGAAUGCAGUCAGGGCCUUACAGGAGAUCUUUGGGGAAAAGGCUGCGGACUACAUGAUCGUGCUGUUCACUCGCGGUGAUGAGCUAAGGGGCCAAUCAAUAGCUGAGUACGUGCGUGAGGGGAGUCCCAAACUGCGAGAGGUGAUCAAGAGCUGCGGCCAUAGGUACCACGUGUUCAACAAUAAUGCAUGGCGUCGUAAACAAGUUGUUGAACUGAUCGAGGCAAUUGAUAAGAUGGUGGCUGCAAAUGGAGGAGGUCAUUUCUCUGAAGAGAUGUACAAAGAGGUGCACGCUGCCAUGACCCAAAAGAGCACUGAUGGGGAAUCAUCUCAGCUUGACAUGAUUCAGUUUACAUUCCUCUGUCUCCUGAUGGAGAGAGUGAUGCGCUUUCAAAACAUUCUUGGUCAGGAACACUAAUCAAUCAUUAUUCUAUGCCCCUAGCACAAGGACACAUGUUUAAUAUCAAGGAAUAUACUGGGCAAUAGCCAUUUACUUUAAGAUGGGAAAUAUCAGUGGGAGACAUUCUGCAUAAUAAAUCAGGUGGAGGUGAGGCUGAUUUCUCUGCUGUAUAUUUAGGAGGCGCAGCACUGACUGCACGGGGGUUGUUCGGUUGGUGGAGAAAAUAGAUGAGAUGGUGGUAGCAAAUGGGGGAAGUUCUUCACUGAGGAGAUGGUAAAAGAGACACUAUUGGUCAUGGCAGAAAGAAAGCUACCCUGGAACUCACCUGAGUACUCACAGGUAUUUUCAAAAAACAAAUGACAAGAUAUAUAUACAGAUACUCAAUUGAAAUACAAAGUGUUUUUUUGUUUACCCUUGACAAACAGAAACAAAAUCUUAGCAUUUGUGCACUUGUGUACGUUGUGGCCCAUUAAAACUAAAACUGGAAGCUUCACUCCAUUGAGCAACUAAAA